GUGUGGCGUGGUGCUGACAAGGUUUUUUGGAGUUUUGGGUGCAUCGAGGUUGUCAUAUUAAAAUAGCAUUUGCAAAGAUAACGCGAAACAAUAGCGCGAGAUGGCUGCCCGCUCGGUUUUAAAGUACCUGAAACCCAAGUCCGUGAUAUUUCAGAGUCAUCGAUGCGCAUCUCUCUCAGGCUUCGAUAUUCAGCACAAAACUCCCACGAUCAAGAAAGUGAUGCCCAUACCAAAGGCUCAUUACGGUGGCAGGCACACAGUUACCAUGCUACCUGGAGCUGGCAUUGGACCGGAGUUGAUGGGUUAUGUAAAGGAAGUUUUUAAAUAUGCUGGCGUACCAGUGGACUUUGAAGAUGUUGAGAUUGAUCCCAAUGCUGACGACAAUGUUGAUUUAGAUUAUGCAAUUACAUCAAUACGCAGAAAUGGAGUAGCUUUAAAGGGAAACAUAGAAACGCGCAGUACAGAAGCUGGUGUCAUUUCUAGAAAUGUUGCUCUGCGAAAUGAGCUCGAUCUUUAUGUGAAUGUUCUACAUUGUGUGUCGUAUCCAGGUGUAAAUUCACGUCAGAAAAAUAUAGAUAUUGUUAUUGUGAGGCAAAACACCGAGGGUGAGUACUCCAUGUUGGAACAUGAGAGUGUAUACGGUGUCAUUGAAAGUAUGAAAGUUAUCACAAAUUUUAACUCGGAACGUGUCGCUCGUUAUGCGUUUGAGUAUGCUAAGAGGAACGGCCGCAAGAAAGUUACGACAGUUCAUAAAGCGAAUAUUAUGAAGCUAUCAGAUGGACUCUUCCUAGAGAUUUCACGGCGCGUUGCCAAGGAUUAUCCGGAUAUCAUCCAUAAUGAUAUGAUUAUUGAUAAUUGUUGCAUGCAACUUGUUUCAAAUCCACACCAGUUUGAUGUCGUAUUAACGACCAAUCUGUACGGUGCCAUCGUAUCGAAUGUGGUAUGCGGUUUGUUGGGCGGUGCCGGUUUAUUAGCUGGCAAGAACUACGGUGACCAUUACACGAUCUUUGAGCCAGGCACUCGUAACACCGGUACCAGUAUCGCUGGCAAGAAUAUCGCCAAUCCAAUUGCGAUGCUAAAUGCCGCAGUCGAUAUGUUGCGUCAUCUAGGUCACAAACAUCAUGCCACCGUUAUUCAGAAUGCAAUCAACAAGACUAUUAAUCAAGGAGUACAUACUCGCGAUCUCGGUGGUACUGCAACGAGCAGAGACGUCGUCGACAAUAUUUUGAAACACAUCAAAAUCGCAACCGCUUAAAAAGACUGAAAAUUAUUCUAGCGAAAAAUCUCUUGUAGCAACUGUCUAUGGAAAGUGGCGAGUUCGAAGUAUAUAUACCAAGAAUCUUGUGUGAUUUCUAGUGAGAUAACAUAAAGGAUAUGUAUGAUAAGCUAGUUAGGAAUGUUAGGACAAUUGCAAAAUAAGGAACGUUCUGACAAUAUGCGAAAAUAAAAUUUCAUCUAUUGGCUCGAAACUGCGAAAUAUUUCUCUCUUCCAUAAAAUCAUUGUUCUUAAAUAAUUGGAUGGAUUUUGGCUUCCUCUCACAAAUAUGCUCUGUAAUAUAGUAACUUGUUUAAUAA